AUAUUAAAAAAUGAAAUUUUAAGAUUUUUAGAUAAAUAAUUGAAUUUUAAAUCAAGAUCGUUUCCAAUUUCAUUUCUAAUCACAAAAAGUAACUUCCUGUAAGUGACAUGCCUAAUCAAUUAUCAAGUAUUAGAUAAACUGGUUUUAAAAAUUCAAGUUUCACCCAUAUAAAGGAUCUAGAAGUGGGGAUUAACCGCUUUGAAUCCCCACCGAUUAAAAAUUCGUUAAAAUACCUUUUUUUUCUCUCCCUUUUUCAUUCUCUCUCUGUUAUUGCAUCCGUAUGGGGUGUACGAUCGAAAUCCUUUUUCCAGUAUAUUUAUUUUAAUGGCAGUCGUACACAUGCGGUGACUAUGGUACGAACAGAGUUGACAGGUGCCUGGGCAAAAAAGCGUGGUCGAGAGCGAGCAUAGUAUGUAUAAUGUAAGCAUAGAGGGCUGGCAGGCCACAUGUGCCACUCUAUCACUUAUCUACCCGUAAUAUGACGUAUAACUCGACCAUAAGAUGCAACUGUGAACGCAUAUGUGUAUAUGUAUACGUAAGUGCAACAGUCAAGAUACGCGUAUAUAUAUAGGGAUGAACGGACGUGUUCCUGUGUGUAUGUCCGCUUAGAAGAAAGCAUCCGAAGAUCGUGAUGUCACGAGAACUGCUUUGGAAUCAUAACAAUGCGUUUUGGACAACAUUGAUGAAUUGCAAAUGAUGACAUUGGUGAUAUUAACAAUAAUGCUCAUGAAAUACAUAAAUGAAAUUUGGUAUAUUUAAUAAGUGAACUAUUGAAGUAAAAAUUACAAUUAAUCGAAUAAAUUGAUUUUGUGGUUGUUUACGUUAAUAUUUGUCAAAGAUUUAAGGAAUGAUUUAUGUAAAGAACUCCAUAUAAUCUUCAAGCCUCACAUAUCCAGCAUCCUUAAAGCAAGAAUAUCAUAUUUAUACCAAGAAUUUUAAAAUAUCCUAGUGUGUUCAAAACAUGAAUUAUAUUCUCAAUCAAGCAUAUUUAUGUGAAAGUUCAUGAUGCAAAUGAGGAAGAGGGGAACAAAGAAAUCAGUAAAAUAAUAGUAGACUGUAAUAGAAGGAAGGAGUGAACGACUUAUCCUCAUAUGUGCGCGCAAAGCUGUUGUUAAUAAGUGACGCGUGUGCGGCAGCUGGUUUUACGUUUUUUGCCUUGCACCCGAUUCUCGGGGUUCGAGCGACGAAAGAUCGACCUAAGCACCCCCUUCUCUGCUAUUUUCCCUGUUUCUGUCUCUUGCCUGACUUCUGUUGUACUCGAUUUGGAAUAUUUCUUAACAGAUUUUCAUAGAGACACGCGACAUGCAACGGAAUCAAUGAAAUCGAAUGGAUCGAAUCCUAUCGAUCAAAAGGCAAGUACGUUAAACAACAAAUGAUGUAAUAUUGAAGCAGUUCAUCAGCCCUGAAGACAAUUCAUCGGACAUAAUCGUUCCAAGAAUCUAGGAAUGGGUAAAAAAAACUCCCAUAGAAGAUGAAUUCGAACGGGCAGCCCAAGAAAAAGAAAGACGACAGACGCGCAUGCAGAUGUUUCGCGCCACCCUGAAACCGAUGAGGCUGAGGCAAGUGCACAGAGAUGCACACAAGUGUCGGAGGAUCUCCUCCUCCUCCUUCUCCUCCUGCUCCUCCUCUUCUUUUCUGUUCCGUGUAUCUCGAGGGGAACGAAGCACCGCCACGCGAGUGGGCGGCGCGUACCCUUCUCGAAAGCUUCUUCCCUUGCUGUUCAAACAGGGGUAGAGGGGAUCUUCUGUAUCGUUUGCUGGAAGAACAUUACGAUGUCUUGUCCUAGUUGAUAGUCGUCGAGAAGACGCGGGAACGAAUGUAUGCAGUCGAGGGAUACAUCCAGGGUCAGUUCUGAGCAACGUGUCUAACCAUUUAUUCGGCCACCCUGCAUCCACUUCGUUUUUCUUCGCGCGAUCUUGAUCGCGCAAGUACACGUGACGCGUGGACCUUGAUAAGUGAUAAGCUUAUCACAUUGAAAGAGUUAUUGAGAAUCUGUCGAAGAGAAGAGAUUUUCUGCGACUCGGUGCUUGUGCAGUUAUUAUUUGGGCAGCUUAAAAGUUGAAUUUUGUAAGUGGACAGUGAAGGAUCGGUUAGGUGGAUGUUGAUGUUGCUGCAAUAUGGUGAUUUUAUCAAUUAUACGGAGAUGCAUCUCGAAGACUAUCACGUGAGUAGAAGCGAGGAGGACGUGCAACGAACAAUUUCCAAAAGUAUCAAGCAAGAAGACUUCAACACUUUACACUUAGCACCUAUCACUUCCGUAAAUACAAGUAAUCAACAACCCUGUUGGAUCACUUCUCACGCAGACAACAUUUCAUCUCCUGUUCUACCUAAUAAUUCCAGUCCUAAAGAAUAUACAGAUUGGGACCAGCUCACGACCGUUUUCCAAUAUCCCUGUCAGCCAUAUUCAUCUACAGACAGGUCACCAGAAAGUACCAGUAACGAAGCCACUACACCAACAUGGAAUAACGUCAUUCAUAAUGAAAUAUCCGACUGUUCCAAUGGACAAAAACUGCCCUCGGUUGGCUCUGCAUUUUCUUUCUCAAGAACCUUCUGCAAUACCGUUUAUCCAGAAUAUCAAGGUUAUCAGGAUUAUCAGGAGUAUCAGGAUGACGUAUCAGUAUCUUUGCCGCUUAUUCUUCACAAUCAAACCGAGGAUCAAGGACUCAAUGGAUCCAUGCAAGCAAUUACGGAUGAAUUUGAUCUUAGUUUAAUUAGGGGUGAUCCUACAUCACUCCUGUGUACCAAUGUAGAGUCUCCUUCUUCACCCUCAUCUACGUAUUUAGAAGAACUUCAAGAUCCAUUCUCUAACUUGAAUGGAUCUUGUUACGCGGUUGGACAUUUGGUCUCUGGACAACAGGCCUCGGUUUCCACGAUGAAUUUUGUUAAUGAUACUGGGUUGAAUGAUGGAUUUGGAAAUCAAAUUGUUUUGCCUAGAAACGAAGGCUUAUUAUUGACUGACAGGAGAGUGCCAGUGUCCAAGACAGCGCAAGACAUGGAGAAACGAAGCAAAUCUUUCGAUAGUUCAACAACCGACGAAAAUUUGACGUCGACGUAUCAGUGCCGAUGGAUAGAUUGCGGUUGCGCCUUUGCCGAACAAGAAGGACUAGUUCGUCAUAUUGAGAGAAGGCACGUAGAAUCUUCGUCAUCGAAUUCUCAUGGACAUGGGCGACGAGUCCAAAGAGAUAGGGACAAGGACAAAGAUAAAGAAGGGGAAACUUACGCGGGUUCGGGAAGUGGACAAGAUGAAUUUGCUUGUUUGUGGCAAGGAUGUCCUCGUGCUCGACCUUUUAAUGCGAGAUACAAGCUGUUGAUUCAUAUGAGGGUUCAUAGUGGAGAAAAACCGAAUAAAUGUCCGUUCACUGGGUGCAAGAAAGCGUUUUCACGAUUAGAAAAUCUAAAAAUUCACCAAAGAUCUCACACGGGAGAAAGACCAUAUGCUUGUCAGCAUCGUGGUUGCUCCAAAGCAUUUAGUAAUAGUAGUGAUCGUGCGAAACAUCAGAGAACUCAUUAUGACACGAAACCAUAUGCGUGUCAAGUAACCGGAUGUGGAAAAAGGUAUACAGAUCCGUCCAGUUUGAGAAAACACGUGAAGAAUCACUCAGAGCCGCCGAUUCCAUUGCCUUCGUUAACGCCAGAUAGCAAAAGUUCUGGUAAUAUAAUUAGUAAUAGUAACUUACGGCAUGAUUCAAUUUCUACGAGUUCGAAGCAGCAACAGCAACAGAUCGGCUAUACAGGAGAAUCGAAUUAUCGAACGUAUAAGACUUCGGAGUCUUAUGCGGACGAGGACGUGGAUCUGUUCCAGACGAAUCUGUGUCAGGUCGAUAGGAUUUCCAUGAACCUUGACAGCAAUCAAGAAUAUGUCCCUAUCGAUUCUGUGAAACGCUUUCUCAUCGACGACGUCAGUGGAUCGCACGUGGAUGGUACAGGGUACCAGGUCGACGAUGAAGUUCCUGACUUUCAAGAACUUGGUUCAGAUAUUGAACAACAGUUUUUCGAAUUGAGUAGUCUAGAUGAUGCGGUUUUCAUCGAUGGUUGAGGAAAAUAUUUAGAAGAAAGAGGUUCGAGAUGUUUUUAUAGUAAAUGCUAAUAUUUCCAAAGACUUUUUCCAUUUUUUUUUGUACUCGAUUUUUAUACGCUGAUUCGAUUACUUGAUAAAUAUAUUUUUGUACAUAGACGAUUGUAUAUAUUAUGAUUAAAUACAUGAUUUUGAUUAUUA